GUCUAAUCUCAAUGAGGUGUCAAUCAUGUUCCCCGGUGGGUGAAGUAAGGUCUUUUGUAACCGCCUCUGUCUUCGCGAGAGAGGCGAGCGGCGGCGGGCUGGCGCGGCGCGGCGCGCAGGGGAGCGGGGCUGUGCGGCGGCGGCGGGAGCAGGCAACUCCGAGCUCGUCUCGCUUGCGCUCCGGCAGGGAGGAGCGGAGCACAUGGAUUUCUAAACACGCUGGGAUUUUAUCCACCUACGAGAAUAACAACAACAGCACCCGACCCUACGGAAAACAGUCCAAUGCAUCGUAACUGCAGACCAGUGCAGAGAGAUGGGGAAACUUCACUCGAAACAUGCUGCCGUCUGUAAGCCCCGAGAAAGCCCAGAAGGUGACAGCUUCGCCGUGAGCGCCUCCCUGGCGCGCAGAGGCCUCGAGGACUGGAUGGUGAAGCAGAAACCCGCCGGCGGCGGCGGCAGCAGCGGCGGCAGCAGCUCGGGGCUCCCGCACGGCUGCCCGCAGCGCGCCGCUGGCCGGCUCUCCGGCGCCAGGGAUCUGUCUGGGGAAGGCUACCGAGACACAAUUGGUGAUGAACACUUUCAUCUAGAAGUGGCUUUGCCUCCAGAGAAGACAGAUGGAGUUUGCAGUGGAGAUGAAAAGAAAGUGGAAAAAGAAAGUGACACACGCACAGGUUCCAAGAAGCAACUAAAAUUUGAAGAAUUGCAAUGUGAUGUGUCUGUAGAGGAAGAUAACAGGCAAGAGUGGACCUUCACACUGUAUGACUUUGAUAACAACGGAAGAGUCACCCGCGAGGAUAUUACCAGCUUGCUUCAUACCAUCUAUGAGGUAGUUGAUGCAUCAGUAAACCAUUCUCCUAGUUCCAGCAAAACUCUGCGAGUGAAACUUACUGUGGCACCAGACAGCAGCCAGAAGAAAAAGAGUAUCUUGUUAAAUCAUUCUGAUUUGCAGAGUGCCAGGCACAGAGCUGAAAGCAAAGCCAAUGAAGAAGUAAGAAGCUCUGAAAAGAAGCAGAGGGCUUCUGUCAGAUAUCACCAGAGUGAGAACAAUGCAGAGCCAAGUGGGUGCUAUCGUCACUGUGUUGAUGAGAACAUUGAAAGGAGAAACCACUAUUUGGACCUUGCAGGAAUAGAAAACUACACAUCAAAGUUCGGGCCAGGAUCUCCUCCAGCAGCUCAGAAGCAAGAUCCACCAAGCAGAGUUGUGAAUCAGACUCGAUCCCGUUCUCAUGAACCUGAAACCUUCCAUGCUCACCAUAGGAAAUCUCAAGUGGUGGAUCCAAGCUACAUCAAUCUGGCUGAGAGUUCCUAUGCCAAGAUCGCAGAAAUCCAACAGAGGCUCCGGAACCAGGACUCAAACAAGCACUUUGUGAGGUCUCCCAAGGCCCAGGGCAAAAAUGUUGCUUCUGUGCAUCCUGGAAGGGCAGUAAGAAAUAAACCUUUUCAAGGGGCGCCCAUGCCAGUGGCUUCCCCAAGUGCACGGGUGGGCCAGAAUCUUCCUUACCUCCCCUUGCAGUCUCAACAGGUUCACAAGAAGCACAAGCAGAGGGCAAAAGAGAGUCACCAAAUGUGCAAAACUUUCCAGUCUCCAGGGACAGUUGUGGAAAAGGAGCAUGUGAGAGACCUGCCCACAGUCAUUUUAUAUGAAGGCCAAGUUGGACAAAUGAUACAGAGACAUGAACACCACCACCACCAUGAGCACCACCACCACUACCAUCACUUCUACCAGACAUAAAACAGAUCCCACCAACAUCCUCCAGGAAUCAUCCCAUAUGAAGGAAACACUUUCUCGUGACACCAGAAUUAAGGCAUUACUAUGAUUAAUAUUAUUGAUACUCCAUUAAUAUUCAGCUAGCAUAUAUUUUAGAGGUUAUACGGAACUCUUGAUACUUACCCUAUUUAUAUGUUGUGGAACUGCAUAGCUUGCUUAAACAACUUGUGGAUUGAUUUUUUUUAAGUGGCUUGUAAAACAGCAAACAGCCAUAGCUUUUUGAGCUGUGAUUUAAUGCAAGUCGUCAACACACUUCUUUACAAGUACUACUUCCAUUGUAGUAGAAAAGAUACUUCAAACACUAUUGCAGACAUCUAGCUUACCAGUCUGCUGUAUGUCGGCUGAUCGCACACAAGCCUUUUAUCAGGGGAGCAAUGUUCGAAGGUUUGGACUCCAGAGAUACUCAGAAUAACAGAAAAACAAACAGCUGCUACCUCUAGUAUUAUUCAGAUUUUAUUUUCUUUUUAUUGAUUGUAAUGUGCUACAGGGGGAUUUAAUAUACUGCAUUCAUGUAGCCUGUUUGUGUUCACAUCCUUUCAAACUAUCUUAAUAAUUACAAGGAAAUAUUAGCUAUACUUGUCAACAGAGCUACAUUUGUACAACUUAAACUUUAUUUUCUUUGAGAUUCUUUACUGACAUAAGUACAGUCUGUUAUAUACUGGGUAAUAUUUAAAUACACUUCUUUUACUUUUGUUUAUUUUACUGCUUACUCUCCGUUCUGUUUUGGAAAACCAUUUGAAAAGAGGAGGAUGUGAAAUGGGGUUUUCAGAACCAUCAUUAGAAUUUAGUGCUUGGGCCAUAAGUAUAAUUCAUUGGGGGUGUUGGGAAGGAGAGGGCUUGUUUUGGGGUUUUGUUUUGUUUAAAUCCACAGUUCUUUGUUUUGCGAAAGAAUUGAGGAAAAUAUACUUUCUCACUUUAAAUGUUGGCAAAUAUAUAUAAAAAUAUAAAUAUAAAUAUAUAUAUAUAAAUAUGCACACUCUCAGGUACAUUUUGUUGUGUUUUAGAAAUUUGUGGUUUGAAUAUUAACAUUAUAAUUUUUUUCCACAACGGUGACUUUUUAAGUAUGUUAUGAUAGGCAUAUGCCAUGGCAUUUUCUUUGGUGCCUCCAGUUUAAAUUUCCCCAGUUCCUACAAAUUUAUGCUUUUCCCAUUUUAGAGACAAUUCAACAUGUGAAAAAUAUCAUUCACAGUCAUUCUGGCCUUUUCUACUUUCUUCCUAUUAAAGGGCUUCCAUUCCAUGAAGGAGAAUGAGACCAUACUUGCCAGCCCUUAGUGGCUGCUGAGAAAUUUGAAGGAAACUGGAAAAGUGAAAAGGAAGGGUCAGUACAUUCAAGUUUUACUUUUUGUGGGGCCCAGAUUUAUAAUACAUUCAGUUGGGUUUUGUACAGAUCACCAUUUUGCAGGUAGAAAGUAACUUAAAAACACUCAUGUUGCUUUUGGAACUUUAAAGUAGAGAACUCCUCACAUAAAAGCAUAAUUGUGCUAUCAAACAUAUUUGCUUUUGGUUUCAAUUUCUUUUAAAUGUUGUGGUAUUUUGUCUAUAGUAUAUAUUGUAAAAUGUAACUAUCCCACAUUAUUAUAAGACAUUUAUGACUAGGGUUUUUUUCUGACUAGAGUUUUGAUCAGUUUGAAAUGGGAUAUUACCCUACUGCUGAACAGUUGAAACUUUUAGAAGGAUGUUGUCCUUUCUAAGGACAUGGAGACAUCGACUUCUAAAGAAAAUAAAUUUGAAAGCCUUGCCUUCUUGUGGAAUUGGAAUAGAAUCACUGCUUCUUGGUAAUUAGGUCCAUCUCUUGUCUCUCCAAAUCAGCAGUUGUUUAGACUUAUUGUCUUCUUUAAAAAAUCUGGUUUAUUUUAUUUUUUUUUUUAGCUGUCAGCAGUGUGUUCUGUUAAAUCUUACAUAAUGUUUUUAAAAUGUGUUUGAUCUGUGUGACAACUAUACUGUUCUGUUUAUUUUUUAAAUUCCUAAAGUCCAAAAAUAUUUAUAUUCAGAAUUUUCUGUAUUGAAAAUAUGAAAAAGCCACAAAUUUGGUUAGUUACCACUGAGUUGUUCUAGUCUAAGCCUUUUUUUGCUGCUUGUGUAUCAUUCUUUUCAAUGUAUAUAUAAUUAUGGACUGCAAAAAAAAAAAAAAAAGGCAUUUAUAUGUCUGGUAGAAGGAAUAAGCUUAUUUAUAUUAUAGUGUUAACAAAGUCUGAUGUAUUCAAGUGACUUACAUUAUACCGCAUGCAAACACACGAGUGUACAUUCCACCUGCGACGGGAUGCCAUGCUAUUUGUUCUGAAGAUGAAAUUAAAGCUGUUCUCUUUUCAGUAGAGCAUAUGCCAGAAAGGCCGAGAGGUGGGGCUUCUUUCUUAGUCCAUUUUUUAAUGCAGAUCAUUGCUGAAAACUAGAAAACGUUCUGCAAAACUAGAAUGCUUUCAAUAGCGUGGACUUUUCUAAGAAAGGGCAGCAAAGGGGCAUAGAUCGUCUCUGACCCAAAGAUAUUUUGCUAGAAAAGAUAACAGCACCAGUAACAACAUCCCACCUGCCUGAGAAGUGUGCAGUACUAGCUGUGCAAGUGAGCUUUGAAAUACAACGCAGCUGAGCGUUGGUUACAACUUUGCGUUGAUUUGUUUUGUUUUAUUGUAUUUGGAGAUUCAACAGACAAAGUCUACCUUGCUUAGAUUCUGUGGAAUGCAAAUGAAUUUUAAUAUCGUGGCAUCCCCAUACUAAAACUUUACACCAGCCAUGUAUGAACAUACAGUAUUUAAAUACUGUGUUGCAUUUGUGUUACGUGCAUUUAGUGUGAAUAACAUGUAGCACAGUUUCUUUUCACAGAACCCUAAGUUUCUGUAUCUUUUAAAAAUGUUUGCUUUUCAGUAUUUUGUAUAGUAAAUAUAGAUGGUUUUGACUAAAUGCUCUAUUUAUUUAACAGCAAAAACUGUGCCAAGAGAACCCCCUGUUAAUUAAAGUUUUACUAGUUCAGAAAGUAUAUUUCCUUCUCCUUGUUGUGGAUAUCAGGGGCAUAUUGCAAUUGCUGUCAGUGCUUACAGAUCCCACUGAUGAAACAGCUUGCAUUAAUGUUUUGGGGAACAGGAUCAGGCCAUAAGGUAUGGACUGGGUGUGCUUUGGUUGUAUAUUUAAACUGUCAAGUUUCUAAGUUAUAUUUCUUGUCCCCUAUUCUUAGAGCCAUGUUGAGUUACCAAUUUUUCAGCUUGGUGCUAAUUCUGAAAACCUAAAAAAAAAUAAAAUUUGUUUCAGGCUGUUCAAAAAUGUAGCUGUAUAAAAUAGAUUAGUUUCUGGUUAAACAAAACAUUUCAUUUCCCAGAAAAAAAAUUUUUUUUUGGAGUUGAGCAUAUUAUUACUAUUUAAAAAUAAAAUGGAAUGGCAUGAAGUCAUUUCAAAUAAAAAACCCAGCCUUUUCACUUUUUUUUCCUGGCCUUGUACAAGCAAUUCAGCAAAAUUAAGUUGAUCCCAAAACUUGCACUUUUUUCUGAAGAAAAUUUCAGCUGAAAAAUUUUGCUCAGCUCUACAGCUACAAUAUUUGGAAAGCCAGGGUCUUGAAAACAAGGACGUCUAAACUUUUCUCACAGCUUUUUGACCACCUAGCAUGAAGUAAACAAAGCUAAGGAUAGCAGAGUAAAAUCUUUGUCCCAGUGAAAUCUCUGGCAAGACUCCCAGACUCCCACUGGCUUCAGGGUGCCUAUAAUUUCAUUCCAGGAGAGUGAGUUUGAAGUCUACAUAAUGUGCAGACAGCGAUUUCAGUAUUUAUAUUUCUGCCUCUUAAUGUUGAUGGUUUUGUAGUAGCUAAAAUUACGUAGAAGUUUAUAAGAGAUCAAGCUGGUAAGUUAAUUAAGAUCAACAGCAAUUACUGGGCUUUAUACUUGCUUCAUUUUGGAGGAUUUCAAGGCACUUCCACGUCUUUGAAACGCCAUAUAGUCAUUACUGAAAAGGAGGACCCAGUUCUGCCCUCGGAUGCUGAAGCAGAGGUUCUCCUGGCAUAUUGGCAGGCCACCCUGUAGGGCAAAACCAAAUUAAAAAGCCACUUUGACCUCUCUUGUUGCCUUCCUACUCUAGUCAUCAUGAGCAGAGAACAGCAGUGUUGUUGGAGAAGUACCCUGAAGGGAACAUAUGGUUGUACUAAAAUGUGUCCUCUGCCAGAAGUUAAGUAUCGAAUGCCACAAGAUGGAUUCUGAUGGAGGUGAUCUUUUGUGAGGGAUAACUGCUGUGUAAACUCAACAAGUUGCUGCAUAAGUGUAUAGAUAUGAUGAAUGCUUGCUGUUCUCCACAUGACAUUGUGUACCUCAAUUACUGAAUGACAGGUUUCAUUUGUGUUCCAGUUAGCAGGAGAGUGACUCCCUCGGGGCCUAGAUUGCACUUGAGAAAAUUCAUCAAGCUAGAAAACAACUUUGCCAAAACAUUCAACAUGAUUUUUGCCUCAAGUGUAGACAAGAAUGUUCGUGUUUGGAAGUGUGUCAGCUAGUCAAGUCUCACCUUUAAUUACCUUGAUGUAAUUCAUCAAAAACUGAAAAUAUGUUUUCAAACAUGACUUAUCCACGGUUUCACUGGGAACGAAGUCAUAUUCCACAUCAUGAUAGUUGUCAGACUUCUUCUUUUAAAACACACCCAAGAAGAAACAUGUUUGAAAAUCCAUGAAAUAAAAAUUGAACUUAAUAUAUUUUCUAAAUAACUUCUGUGAGAAGAUUUCUCUUCUUCUCUAAUGCACCUAGCAGCAAAGCCAGCCUUGAUUUAGCGCAUAAUGAUUUAUUUUCUCUGGAUAUUUGACAGCUGUUUGGUCGAUUUGACUUGUGAAGGAAUGUCUUUGAAUUUUUUUGCCUUGUAUACAUUUAAAAUGUGCUCAGAAUGGGCUAAAAAGAUAAGACUUAGAAAAGUAAAUAACUUUAUAUAGAAAUUAUUCAGUAGACAUUGAACUACCAUCUCAUUUGCAGUUUGGAUCACAGUUAUUAAAUAAUGAGGUUUCAAUGACACUAUAAUUCACUUUUAUAUUUCUAUAUAAUUCUAAACAAUCCUACUGAGCUAAAAUAAUAGAAAUUAUAUGAUAAGGUCUUUUAAUUUCUUUGCUUUAAAAUAGCAGGAGUUGAGGACUACACAGAUGGGUUAUUGUGAGGGCUAGGGCUAUGAACAAAGACUGGCAAGGGAGAGAUAGAAAGAUUUGAGAAGAGGAGGGGUAGCAAAGAACUGUUUACCUGAGGGGGGAAAAGACAGUCAGAAGACAAGAACAUACUGUAUGGAGAAGAAGCUGUAUUCAUAGUACUUUUUUGAAUCUUUUAUGGCACAUUUAUCACUCAUAAAACUGUAACAAUAGUUCAUAAAAUGUUUUUCUCUGGGAGAGCUUGAAAGACUUUCUAAAAGAGGUCAACACCUAGUGUGCAGCUGGAGAAGUGGAGGCACAAGGAAAGAAAGGUGCAGAAAAUCACCAGUAGAGCUGUGGUGGAAUGAAAAAGGAUGCCUAGGUUUCCUGAGUCCAAUCUCAGGGAAUUUUUUUUCAGAAGCUGAGGUGUUUCUACAGAUGUUUUUAAUAGUCUGUAGAAUAUGCUUUGAAGGGUAGCGUGAGUUUCUCUUCUGUUUGAUUACAAACACACAUCAGUUGGCCAAGUGUUGCCCAAAGCUUAGAUGUCUAUUCUGAUGUUUGAAAAGCUAAGCACUAACUAUGCCUUGGAAAUUUACUGACACUGAAUAUAACCUUGAUAUCACAAGAAAUGUCAGACUGGACCGGAUCGGUUGCCUAGUCAGUCUGGUAUUCUGGGUCUGGGAGUAAGAAGUUCCAGAAGUUUUUAAGAAUGUUGAAGACAUAAUGUUAAGGGACUUUGUAAAUUUGGCAAUGGGAGAACACUAAUUUAACAGUACCAGGCAUACUGAUAAUUAUGUGCACUGUGCUCUCUGUUUUUUUACAACAUGCUUAUGAAGUAGGCUUCAUGUCUUCCUUUGAGUGCCUAGUCCAUAUAGACAAAACAGCCUGUAAUUACUACCAGCCGAGAGAUGUACUGUUUUGGUGAGCCUGUACUUUGUGGAUGAAGAUACGGGGUUCAGAUCCUUCUGGCGCUGAGUGCUUUACCUUGCACUUAUCGUUCCCAUUCUGUCCUGUUCAUGAAGUAUAGCACAGUGAGGCUUUGUGAAUUUGCCAACGAAACACCUAACAAACUGGGCCAAAUUUGUCUUCAGCUUCAUAAGUGGAAUUCUGUAGAGCCAGGAGAACCCCAUGCAUGUCUUUGAAUUUGGGCCUUCAAAUACGGUUUGCUAUACAAGUUGUCGUUUUUUCUUGUACUAAUUUCAGAUAUUUGAUAAGCUCUUUUUAUGGUUUACAAGUUUAAAAAGAAAAAUAAAACUUUGUAGAUUAAAACACUG